GUUUGAGCAGAUGUGUCAGAGAGAAGCUUAGAGGGAGAGAGAGAGGCUAUGAAAUAGAGAGGGGAGGAGUAAAAGCCCUCCCUGUAGGUUUUUCUUCACCCAUUCAGAGCGCUGAGGUAGGGCUAGGGCUGAUCACAGGUGAUGAGCAAGAGUAGAGUGAAGAGGGGGGAGGAUCAGUAGAGCAAGGGGGAUAACUGAACCUCUGCCGCGCCUCGACAAAGGAGCUCACACCAGUGAAGAGCUUUUCUCUAUUUCUCUCUUUCCCUUUCUCUCUCUCUCUCUGCCUCAUCUCAGCUCAUCCCCACUCAGUCACCCACCUGGUCCAGUGUUUUCACAGGGUUUUCGAGAUGGCUCGUUAGAAUAGUGGGAGACAACCGUGGGGAUGAAAUGCAUAGUAAUCAAAGAGGUAGUGAGAUAAAAGGAUAUUGUUCCCAUGAAGGGCAGAGUAGAAGCGGCUGACACAAAGAGGAUUGAGCAGGCACUCUGAGGCUGUGUGUGUGUGUGUGUUAGAGUGAGUGUGUGUGCGUGUGUCAGUUUGGCUGUGUGCCCCCUCAGUGAGCUAAUCUGGAGUAUGGAUUUUGGAAUGAAGAGCAGCACUUAAAGGGCUGUACCGUGAUGGUGGUCUGCAUGGAUACCAAGCUGUGCCGUGACAGAGGGCAGCGUGGGUAAAAGUCAUGCGGCGCUCCGCCCUGUACCACUGCUACCCUCUUCUGGGAGGGGCUCUGCUGCUCCUGCUGGCUAGCUGCAUCCUGGGCUGCCCUGCCCGCUGCGACUGCUCCGCCCAGACCAAGUCAGUCAGCUGCCACCGCAAGCGACUGCCCACCAUCCCAGAGGGCAUCCCCAUUGAGACCCGGCUUCUGGACCUGAGCAAGAACAAGCUGCGGAGCAUUACCCCGGACAACUUCUCUUCCUUCCUACAGCUGGAGGAUCUAGACCUCAGCGAUAACCUGAUAGGCGUGGUCGAACCAGGCUCCUUCAAAUUUCAGCUCUCCCUGCGCUCGCUGAACUUCCACAGCAACCUCCUCCAGCUGGUCCCCGCCGGCGUGCUCUCUGGCCUGGCCAACCUCACCAGUCUGGACCUCAGCCACAACCGGUUGGUGGUGCUGCUGGACCACGGCUUCCAGGACCUUCGAAGAUUGAUGUUCCUGGAGGUGGGUGACAAUGAGCUUGUGUUCAUCUCCCAGAGGGCCUUCACCGGCCUGCUGGGCCUACAGAGCCUCACCCUGGAGCGCUGCAACCUGACUGUGGUGCCCACCGAUGCCCUGGGGCACCUGCACAGCCUGGUGGAGCUCCGCCUGCGCCACCUGGGCAUUGGCGCCCUGAAGCCCUACUCCUUCAAAAGACUUCCCCACCUUCGCCACCUGGAGAUCGACUACUGGCCCUGGCUGGAAGUCUUCCCCGCUCUGUCGCUACACGGGCUCAACCUCACCACACUCUCCGUCACCAACACCAACCUGUCCUCCUUUCCCGGCCCUGCUUUACGCAACCUGCCCUACCUCACGCACCUCAAUCUGUCCUUCUGCCGCAUCCAGCACAUCCAGCAAGGGGUGCUAAACCAGCUUCCGCGACUGCAGGAGUUGCACCUGCGAGGGGCUCAGCUGGCUUACAUUGAACCCCUGGCCUUCCUGGUUCUCCCAACACUGCGUAUGUUGGAUGUGUCGCACAACCAGCUGGACUCUGUGGAGCGAGCUGUGUUCGCGUCCCCUGACAGCCUGCAGACGCUGCUUAUGGGGGGGAACCCUCUGGUGUGCGACUGUCGGCUCCUAUGGCUGUUGAGUGGCCGGAAGCCACCCUUGCUGCAGCUCCCUGACCCCCAACCCGAGUGCAGUGCCCCUGAGCGCAUCCGUGGGAAACCCCUGCAGGACCUCAAGGAGCCGCUGGUGUCACGGUAUGUGACCUGCACCAAGCCCUGGAUUGGGCCCAACACCACCCAGCUGCUGCUGGCAGACGAAGGGCAGCCUGUCUGGCUCAACUGCAUAGCAGACGGGGCUCCUCGGCCCUCCAUGGCCUGGGUGACGCCCCACAGACGCUAUGUCACAGCCAAGAGCACCGGGAGGGUGACGGUCCAUACCAACGGCACCCUUGAGAUGAAGGCUGCGGAGUUGCACGACAGUGGCGUGUACCUGUGUGUGGCCAGCAACGCGGCGGGCAAUGCCAGCAUGUCGGCCUCGCUGGUUGUGAAGAGCCUGGGCAUCAGCGACAGAUCGCUCUACGCCAACAAGAGCGGACUCCUGGCGGACUCCAACGGGACCUGGGCCAACGGCACCGUCCUGUACAAUAUGACAAACCCCAUAGACCUGAAGACCAUCAUCAUCUCCACAGCCAUGGGCUGCCUGUCCUUCCUGGGCGUGGUCAUCUUCUGUUUCCUCCUCCUGUUUGCAUGGAGUCGUGGGAAAGGAAGGCACAAGAGCAACUUUGACAUUGAGUACGUUCCCCGCAAAUCGAAUGGAACAGCAGCGGAGGCAAAUGAGACAAGCGGGCCCAGACGAGUCAACAUGAAAAUGAUUUAAUUUUACAAACAGACCAGCUCAUAUGAUAGUAAUAAACAAAAUACAGUGCAUAUCAUUUGCAAAGUUUUCUUUGAUACAGUGGAGUUGUAAAAAUGAAAGUGACGUACCGAUAUAGUGGUGUUGAUAUGAAGUUGAUCUAGUGAUUCAGUGGACAUGUUGAUAUAAUAGUGAUCUAUGAUACUGUGGACGUGUUUAUAUAAAAUGAUGUUAUCAUAAAACACACUGGAUAUAAUACUAUAUAACCCACAUAUCAAUGAGAGUGAUGCUGUGAUACAACGCUGGGCCUGUGCUACGCUGGUGAUGUGAUGACUAAUGAUGUUGUAGACUUGGUGUGACACCAAGGUGAGAAAGGAAGUCUCUGGGAGUGACAGGGGAGAAGUUGAGAUGACAGUGGAGCCUUCAUUGCUCUAUCAUGUCUGGAGUAAAUUGUGUCUAAUACCCAUCUAAGCUGCAGGUGUGUUUGUGCGUGCGUAUGUAUGUGCGCGGUGUGUGCGUGGGUGCGUGCGUGUAGGUGUACUGCCUUUGUUGUGUGACAGGGUAAUCAUCAAGGAUAAUAGGGUCCAAAGUUUUUUUACCGGCCUUUGUAUUUGUUAAUUCAUUGUAACAACAGUAUUGUCACUGUUGAGUAAAAUGUAGUAUUACGUAUGUUUGUAUACACAUGCAAAUCACUCCAAACAAUAUCCAAGAGACCUGCUGCAUAAAUAUUUUCAACUAGGCCAUUGUUUCCCUUUGUACCACCUCAAGAUAGGCAUAGCUGGAUUUUGGCAACUUGACCUUCAACUCAAGGAAAAUGUAUACACACGAUAUUAACAACUUCAAGUAGGAUUUCAGCCAAAAGCACUAGAAGAACUCAAGGUAUCUUCCUGCUGAAGAAAUAGUAGCAGCUGAAAAUAUUGGUUAUUGCAUGGGAAAAAAACACAGACGAUAAAAAUCCUAUGUUAAAUCCCCUUUUAUUACAUUAUACAUUUUCCUGCCAGCAAAAUCCCCUGAUGUAAUGUAAAAGAAACGGUCAGUGACUAGACACAAUAGCAAAGAUUUACUGGCCGAUGUCCCCUUUGAACAGGACAAAUCUCAGCCCCGGUGAGUUAUGUGUUGUAUUGUAUCCCCUCUCAUUUUUCUUUGGCCCCAAUGCUUCAAGCUGGCAUGUCCCGAGGCCUCCCUUGGGUUGAAAUAGGUUUCUGGGUAUUUAAUUGAUGGCAUUUGAAAGUUGUGCUGUUUUUGUUUAAAUGUUUUAACUGUUGAAAAAAAUUAUGUAUUAAAGAAUUACGUUAAGGGCAACUCUUUGUAAAAGAAGGGAUGUAGGUGUCACAUGUGUGAUCCAGUUGUGAUACAAUGUUAAAGGUUGUAUAAAUGUUUUCAUAUGAUACAUUUAUGGGUAUAUUUUCAAACGGAAAUAAAUCGUAAUCAUACAGCUUUA